CGUUCCUACCGCAGAGGGCAGAACAGUUGAAGCGGGUGUAGUAGAUGAGCGAAGACGCGUUAUAUUAUUAGAAUUCUGAACGGAGUCUGGCGUGACGCCCCCCCCUCCGGACUGAACGAGCAGGGAUCUCCUUGGAAACGUGAACAGAUGUUCUCCAGCAGAAUGAGUCUGAACCAGUCCAGCCUGCUGUACGGACAGCUGGAGGACCUGCAGGAGCUUGCCUUCAUCGAGAGGCCGAUUCGCAGGAGUCUCAAGACAGCUGAGGAGAUCGAUCAGCUGACUGUGGAUGAAGACCUGAAUGACAUUGAGAGAGCUGUCUACCUGCUCAGCGUGGGUCAGGAGGUGCAGAGAGCGAGUGUCAUCAGUAAUCUGCCAAGUCUCGUCCGCCAGAAUCCAGCUGAGACGUUUCGUCGGGUCGUACCAAAAGUCCGGGAGGUCCUGAAUGGAUCUGGAGCGGAAAUCCAGCUGGCGGCAGCAGCAUCAUUUUUAACCAUCCUACAGGAUGACAUUAUUCUGAUCCACACCCACACCUACUCGAUCCUGAAGACAGUCCUGCUGCACCUGAACCACCGAGACACAGUGGUUAGCAAUGCCUGGUUGGAGACUCUGCUGUCCGCCAUCAACGCUUUACCUAAGGAGACCAUCAAACAGGAGGUGCUGAACCCUCUCCUGUAUCAGUCUCAGCUUUCUCACUCUCUUCAGGCUCGUCUGGCCAGCUGUCGCAUUUUAGGAAAAGUUGCCUGCAAGUUUGAUUCCCACAUAGUGAAGAAAGAGCUGCUGCCUUUGGCUCGGUCUUUAUGUCAAGAUGUGGAGUUCGAGGUCCGAGCCUGUAUGUGCCGUCAGCUCGAAAGCAUCGCCAGGGCGACCGGGGUGGAGGACACCAGGAUGGAGCUGCUUCCUGAACUGGUGGAGCUUGCCAGAGACGAGGAGAGCAGCGUCCGCCUCGCUGCCUUCGACACCAUCAUCAACUUGAUGGAGAUGAUCGACAGUGAUGACAGACUUCAUGUAGUGGUUCCUCUGGUGAUGUCCGUUUGCGAGGCAUCGUCGCAGACGGACGAAGCUGUCGUGGCAUCUUUGUCAUUCCAGUUUGGGAAGCUCUGCAGUGGACUGGCAGGCUCUCUGUCAGACGAGCAGAAGGACCGGUUGCUGCAGAGGUUUAAGGUGCUGUGUGUCGCCGGUCUGCAGACCGAAGGAAACCAGACUGACAUCAACAAUGAGUCGAAGCUGAUCCGCUGCAACUGCUGCUACAACUUACCAGCCAUGGUGGUGUUUUCUGACUCAGCCCACUUCCUGUCAGAGCUCUACCCAUCUUUCUCCAGUCUUUGUUGUGACCCAGAGGUCAGCGUUCGACGAAGUGCUGCAGCCAGUUUCCACCAGGUGGUGAAGCUGCUUGGCUCAAACGUCCAGGUGGUCCACAAAGAGCUUCUGGUUCUACUACAGGACGAUGCUCUUGAGGUGCUGGAUGCCCUGAUGAAUCACCUGGAAGAAACUCUGGAGGCAGUACUGUCCAGAGGAGAGAACCUGACGCUGGACAGCAAGUUCACGGAGUUGCUGUCGGCUCUGUUGUUGGCGGAGCAGAAGGUCGGAUGUUCUCUGCGUUGGCGGCUGCAUGAGAAGCUGCUGCAGCAUUACAGCUGCCUGGCCAGACUGCUGCCUGGAGAACUGCUGCACCAGAGCUUCUCCCCUCGCAUCUUCAUCAUCCUCACCACCAAUAAGGUGUUGCCGGUGCAGAGGGAGGCGGCUCGGACUUUCUGCACAUUGCUCCGCUACAACCGCAAACAGGAGCAGCGUCAGGAAAUGAUGGAGCGACUGAUCCAAGAUCUGGCUAAGGGUCGGAGCUACUGGAACCGUCUGAGGUUCCUUGAUGUUUGUGAAACAGCCACUGAGAUUUUCUCCAGAAAAUACUUCAACAAACACUUCCUGAUUCCGGCACUGGAGCUGGUCCACGACCCUGUCGCCAACGUCAGGUAUAAGCUGUGCCAGUUGCUGCCCAGGCUACGUUCGUCGCUCCGCCUGCCGGCUGAUAAACAACUGCUGCAGCAACUCGACUUCUGCGUCCAGAAACUCCUCUGCAGGGAGAAAGACAAGGAUGUAGUGGCAACAAUCCGCAAGACAGUGUUGGAACUGGACAAAUUGGACCUCACAGAGCCUUUUCAUAAGAGGCAAGAGAGAGAUUUAUUAGACCAGAAGAAGGAGAAGGAGGAGACUCUGCUGCUGGAGAUGGAACAGUUGGAGCGCCAACAGAGCGAAGGGAAACUAAACUCUGAAAAACAUACAGACAGAAAACGAAGGGAAAGUAAAACCAGUCUCUCUGCAACCAAAUCCAUGUCUGUGUCCUCGUCUGGAGCUGCUUUGUCCUCUGGUAAGGAGAUGAGGAAGGCUAAACUGUCGCGGAGUCGGUCCCUCAGCAGUCAGCCAACAACAUCCAAACCCGCCAACUCAGACAGACCUCCGAAGGUUAAAGAGCUGAGCAGUACGUCUGGACCUGGGAAGUCUUCCAUGUUACAGAGCAAAGAUGACACCUUGAGGACUGCCCACUUUACCAUGGCAACCCAGUCCACCUCCUCCGUGCCGGUCCUGAUCCGCAGCAACACCACCAGCCUCCUGGACAGGGCCAGUACACUGGACCACAGAACUGGUUCCAUGGACCACAGGGCCAGUUCCAUAGACCAGAGAGACCAUAGAACAGGCACACUGGACCACAGAACCAGUAGCAUGGACCACAGGAACAAUAUGAAUGUGGUGGAUCAGAGAUCUGGUACAGCGGACCACAGAACCGGUACCUUGGACCAGAGAGACCACAGGACCAGCACCUUGGAUCAGAGAGACCAUAGGACCAGUACCUUGGACCAGCGCAGUAAAACGAUGGACCGGGGUUGCAGCGUUAAGGACAGCCAGUCCAAAAAGCUGUCGAUAAACAGGAAGUCGAACUCUUUCAGUGUGCAGUCGGGACGAGACUAAAGAUGAUGAUGUCAUCAUACCUCCAUAAGGCCAUCAGCCAAUCAGCAGUCAGGGAGCAGUUUCAGGACAAUACCCAGAAUGCAACAGGAUAUCAUCUCUGCCUUAUAGUGAUGAACAGAGACAGUAGAGUCUGACUUCUAUUUGUAUCUACUGAGCACUGUGUAUUCUAAUAAUCUCAUCCUCUCACCUGAUUUGUUCAGUAAACUCCACACAUACAAAUUGUUUCUGUGUUCUUACUGGUUGGUGGUUUCACCUGCUGACCUGUGAUUGGUUAAAUGAACGCUGACAUCACAGGACAAGGGUUUUGAGUGUUUGACAUCAGGAAGUGACAAAAACCUGCAGAGGGUUUCCAAUA